AUGAGGAUGAAGGAGUGGAUUCUUCAUGGAACCAAACAGAGGGGUGCUGGAGCUCUGUCUUGGAAGAUGCCGAAGCCUUCUUGGAGCUAUCUUGGGGCCCUGCUCGUGGCUGUGCUGUUUCAGGCCUCAGUGGAAGUUCAUGGUUGGUGCCUGCAGGCCAACAACUGUAGAGAUGGCAAGGCAGAAGAUGGUCUAGUGGAAUGCAUCAAAUCCUGCAAGAUGGACCUCUCAGCUGAGUCACCUGUAUUCCCAGGCAACGGCCAAUAUGAGCCACUCUCAGAAAACAUCCGAAAAUAUGUCAUGAGCCACUUUCGCUGGAACAAGUUUGGACGAAGAAAUAUCAGCAGUGGCAGCAUCAGCAGUGAUGGUGGAAAUGUGGGUCAAAAGAGACAGGAGCUAAUGCAGGGAGACUUCCUGGACAUGCCCCCUCCAGGAGUCUGGGGAGAAGAUGAAGAGAUGCAAGGAGAAGGUCUGCCGUUGAGCCGAAAAGCCAGAGAAUUGCAGAACAAAAGGUCCUACUCCAUGGAGCACUUCCGCUGGGGGAAGCCUGUGGGUAAAAAGAGGCGUCCUGUGAAGAUCUAUCCCAAUGGGGUGGAAGAAGAAUCUGCAGAGUCCUAUCCCGUGGAAAUCAGAAGGGAUCUCCCCAUGAAGAUUGAUUUUCCUGAGGUUCCUGAGCUAGCCAUUGAUGAAGAGGAGGCAGCCAAAGAAGUGUAUGAAGAAAAAGUAAAAAAAGAUGGAGGGGGCUACAAGAUGGAGCAUUUCCGGUGGGGUACCCCUCCCAAGGAUAAGCGGUAUGGCGGCUUCAUGGUCUCUGAGAAGAGCCAUACCCCUCUCAUGACACUCUUCAAAAAUGCCAUCAUCAAGAAUGGCUACAAGAAGGGUCAAUGAGGGAAGAGCUAGGGGGAGGGAUAGCCCUGGCUUAUCUAAAAGGAAGGCAGCCCCCCACGGCCCUUCUUCUCCCUCUCCUUCCCCAUGCAUUCCUGUCUCCUAUUUCCCAGGCUUGGGGUGCUACA